UCGUCAAUAAUCAUCUUAUAUAUAUAUUCUUCCAACUCCCACUUAAAUCCCACACAUCCUUUGUUGGUAAUUCUUUAGAUAGAGAGAGAGUGAUGGAGAUUACUACUCAACACAGUCUCUUAGAGGAAUUAAUGAUGGCACCGAUAAUCGACAAUUCAUCUUUCUCAACCGAAUUCUUCCAAAACACUUGGAACUUCACUCAAUCCCCAGAUUUUUACAUACCAUCCACCAAUCCUUCAUUCGUAGACCUCUUCUCGCCGCAGGAAUUCGGCAAUCCUUUCCCCUUUUUCGAUGCCCUAACUUCGCCGGAGUUGGGCUCCUUGGACGAUACUCCCCCAAUGUCGUUUCACGAAGACUACGCGGCGACAAUGGAAGUGAAUACACAAAUUAGCGGCGAGAGGAAGAGCAAAUCGAAGAAACCGGAGGGGCAGCCGUCGAAGAAUCUGAUGGCGGAGAGGCGGCGCCGGAAGCGGCUCAACGAUCGCCUAUCCAUGCUCCGGUCGAUCGUACCGAAGAUUAGCAAGAUGGAUAGGACGUCUAUACUGGGAGACUCCAUUGAUUACAUGAGAGAGUUGCUUGAUAAGAUUAACAAGCUAAGGGAAGAAGGAGUGGAUGCGAAAGUGAAGGAGCACCAAAUGCAGCUCAGGAACCCUCCCAAGUUUGAGGUAGAAAGGAGAAGCGAGGAUACUCGAAUCGAGGUGUGUUGUGCUGCGAAGCCGGGGCUAUUGCUGUCUACGCUUGCCACACUCGACACUAUAGGCCUCGACUUACAACAAUGUGUAAUCAGCUGUUUCAGCGAUUUUUCUCUCCAAGCUUCUUGUUAUGAGGAUGCUGAGCAACGAGCAAUGGUGAGUUCAGAAGAUGUAAAGCAGGCAUUGUUCACAAAUGCAGGCUACAGUGGGAGAUGCCUCUAGAGGAAUGAUUGUGUAUUGUUGCGUUUGGGAAUUCUUUUUAUCUGGAUCAUUAUUUGCUCAUCGAAUAUCAAAGUAAUUAAUUGCCAUC